CGACCCCCGUUUAUCCAACGCCAACUCCGGUGGCCCCAACAGCGACUCCUAUGAUACCACCAUCACCAUCCCUUGUGACUCCGAUGCCAGCACCAACCCCUGUCUCUCCAACGCCAAUCCCGGUGGCCCCAACACCGACCCUCGUGAUGCCGCCAGCACCCACCCCUGCGACUCUGACGCCACCCCCAGCCCCGGCCCCAGCGCCGGCUACAUCGACCGGCAAGUGCCCCGUGGACACACUGAAGCUACUUGCGUGCGUGGACGUGCUCAAUGGGCUGUUGCACGCGGUGAUCGGCAGUAGCGCCAGGAAUACAUGCUGCCCGCUGCUGUCCGGCGUUGCCGACCUCGACGCUGCUCUCUGCCUUUGCACCACCAUCAAGGUCAAGGCCCUCAACAUCAACCUCAUGCUGCCCAUCGCCAUCGAGGUGCUCGUCAACCAGUGCGGCAAGAGAGUGCCGAAAGACUUCCGCUGCCCUAAUUAAGCUCCAUAGAUUACUAUAUGUACUAUCAGUAUCACCUGCAUAUGAAUGUGAUACAUGCAUUAAAUUCUCUUGUGUGAUCACACAGGUGACAUAUCGAAGUGUAAUAAUCUAUAUGUACAUGGAUUUGCAGCUCUGACUCGCUACUUGUGAC